AUGGGGUCCCCAGCUGAUUCUCUCCCCCUGGUUGUGUUGCAGGAGAACCCGUACAUGUGCAGUGACGAGUGUGACGCCUCCAACCCCGACCUGGCCCACCCGCCCCAGCUCAUGCAGGACCAGCAGCGCACAGGGCUACUCACCUACUGGCAGACGGUCACCUGGAGCCGCUACCCGGAGCCCCUGCUGGCCAACAUCUCCAUGUCCUGGAACAAGAGCUUGGAGCUCAGCGGCGACAUACAGAUCACCUUCGAGUACGGCCGGCCCACCAUCAUGGUGCUGGAGAAGUCGAUGGACUACGGCCGCAGCUGGCAGCCCUUCCAGUACUACGCCGACGACUGCCUGGACGCCUUCAACCUGCCAGCCAAGCAGGUGCGCGACCUGUCGGCCGCCAACAUCACACGGGUCCUCUGCACCGAGCAGUACUCCCGUUGGGUGGGCUCCAAGAGCGAGAAGAACGUCACGUUUGAGGUGCGCUCGCGCUUCGCCGUGUUCGCGGGGGUGCGGCUGCAGAACAUGGACAACCUUUACACACGCAUGGAGAGCAUGAAGGGACUGAGGGACUUUUUCACCUUCACCAACCUGAGGCUGAGGCUGCUGAGGCCCGCCCUGGGGGGCACCUAUGUCCAGCGGGAAAACCUCCUCAAGUACUUCUACGCCAUCUCCAACAUCGAGGUACCAGCAAGGUGUAAGUGCAACCUCCACGCCUCCCAGUGCCUGCUCCAGGACGGUAACCUCCAGUGCAUGUGUGAGCACAACACCACGGGCGCCGACUGCCAGCGCUGCAAAAAGGGCUCCAAGUCCAAGUCCUGGAAGGCUGGCUCCUACCUGCCGGCGCCCAACGGAUCCCCCAACACCUGUGCUAUUGCUGGUUCCCCAUCCGGUUCCAACUGUGAGUGCUACGGCCAUUCCAACCGCUGCAGCUACAUCGAGUACCUGGACAUCGUGACCUGCGUCAGCUGCAAGCACAACACCCGCGGACAGAACUGCCAGUACUGUCGCCUGGGAUACUUCCGCAACGCCUCGGCCGAGCUGGACGACGAGGGUGUCUGCGCGGAGUGUAACUGUAACCAGCUGGGCUCGGUCCACGACCGCUGUAACGCCACCGGGUACUGCCAGUGCAGAGAGGGGGCCACCGGGCCCAGGUGUGACGACUGCAACCCCGGCUACUACUGGAAACAGGGCUGCUACCCCGACAUGUGUGACGAGGAGCUGCUGCUGUGCCAGAACGGGGGCAGCUGCUACGAGGGCCAGAGGUGCGUCUGCCCGCCCGGGUUCAAGGGGGUGCUGUGCCAGCAGUCGCGCUGUGAGGACGGCCAGGACUGCAGCGCCGCCCCCCCGGCCCGGACCCCCGCCCCCCUGCUGCUAAGCGGCCUGCUGCUCCUCCUCCUGGCCUCCUCGACGUCCCCCUGAACGGCCCCGCCCGACCCCACCCUCAGAUAUAACCACGGACCGCGCUGAGGGCGUGUUGCGUCUGCACGUGAGGCGAGCGAGGGGGGGGGGCUGAGGAGUGACCCGGGGGGGGGGGGGGGGGGGGGUCGGACCCCGCCGAGGACGGCAGCAUGGUGCGGCGUGUGCAUAUGUACAUGCAGCACCGCGAGCUCACGCACACACACACACACACGUAUACACAACAGACCCACAACACACGCUCAUAUAUGCAUAUUAAGGAACUCGCAAAGACAGAACUGAAACAUGACACACACACGUUUACAUACGAACACGCACACGCAUACGGUACAAUCACACCCACUGGACUGUUACUGUUACCGGGCCUUUUUCUCAGGUGUGGGUGUAAUAGAAGACACACACACAAAGGGACACACAAAGAGAGGUGGGGGGCCAGCUCAGGGUGGGAUGGGGUGGGCACGGUGGAGAGGAAGGAGCAUCAUAACGAACCGACCACUGUCUCUUCCCCUUUAUCCAGAGCUGGAGCAACACGCGUCAUACCAAAAAGUGUCAAACUAAAGAGGAUCUAACACUAAGCCAAGCCACUCACCGACUCACUUCAGGAGAAGAACCAGGGGGGGGGGGGACUGCUGGUGUACACACACAAUGACUUUUGUUUUGCUCUUGAUUUUCAUGAUUGAGUAGAGAGAACGGGGCCUCUCUGAGACUGCUGGGGGCCUGCAGUGAGUGCUGGGGGCCGAGUGGGAGUGAGGAGGAGGGCCGAGGGGCUGUUUGUCUGUAUGCUGCUGAGGCCUAAGUAGAGUAUUAACUAGGUUUCAUUUUAAACAACAAAUUGGACUUGAUUUCACGUUUUCUUCUAUUUCUGCUGCAUUUGAUUUCUUCUGUUUCUCAUGUCAUUGUAUUUAAUGUGCCCACUGACAGUCGCUGAGAUUAUACAUAUAUUAAUAUAACAUCCUGACCAUUAUGAAUAAUACAAAUUUAGCCACUAUUAUGGUUGUGAUAGGAAUGAGUGAUUGUUGCCACACUUAGCGAGAUUUUAUCUUGACACAGUAUUCAGGAAACAGAAUUUACCUUAUCAGAAAUCUAAAAAGAAAGAGAAAAUAUCAACAAAGUAUCAAUAUUAUAUGACAUUAUUUGAAUAUUUUUUGUAGAAAUUAUUUUUGUUUGGAGUUACAAUAAAUUAUAACAAAUUACAUUUACAA